AUGCGUCUCAACGCCUUCCGCCUGCUGGCCUUUGUCGCCGUCGGGGCCAUCCCGUCGAUGGCCCUGCCGCUCGACCGGCCGUCUUUCGAUCUUGUCGCGCGGGACUUCCUGGCCCCCGGCCUCGCCGAGGCGCUCGCCGUCGCCAAGCGGGCCGAGGUGGUCGACGAAGCGGGCGCGCUGUACCCGCUGCCCCUGCCGCCCGGAAAAACCUCUGCGGAUAUGAACAAGCCCAAGCAGCCCAAUUACAUGAAGGACACCGUCAGCUCCAAGAACAAGAAGACCACCAAGAAGGGCAAACGCUCCGACGAGGUUGAGGAGGCGGGCGCGCUGUACCCGCUGCCCCUGCCGCCCGG